ACGGUGAUGGUGGUGAAGAUAUGGACCUUGCUUCAGCACAUGAAUCCCAGCAAGGUGUAAUUACGCUGUGAGAUGACUGCUGCCGUGACUCACAGUCCAAUCAUUAAGAAGCAGACCCUAAAAACCUGUACAUGUCAAACCUGAAGAGCAGCUUUCGGAGAUGACAAGAAAAAAAGCUUACGGAGAAUGUCCGCAUGGUGGAUCAGCUUUUCUUGAGCCUGCCCUGGCUCUAUUCUGGAUGAGAGGAACAUCACGAGGAGCUGUUUCUACAGUAGGGAUAUGUGAGCGUGUACUGGAAUGUUCAGUGGCCCGUUCUGACUGGACCACCUGAUGCCAGGCCACCCCAUGCCCUCCUGUAACCCAGAAGACGAUCUCUCACCCCCUUGAGCUCCGCCUCUUUCGGCCAACCACCAUUAGUCUUGAUGAGGAACCCUGCCAUCGGUGAUGUGAUGAACAAGUUUGAGGUGCUUGGGAUCGUCGGGGAAGGAGCAUAUGGAGUCGUGCUCAAAUGCAGACACAAGGAGACUAAUGAAAUCGUGGCUAUUAAGAAGUUCAAGGACAGCGAAGAGAAUGAGGAUGUGAAGGAGACGACGCUGCGGGAGCUGAAGAUGCUCCGCACACUCAAGCAGGAAAACAUCGUGGAGCUGAAGGAGGCAUUCCGGCGCCGGGGAAAACUCUACCUGGUGUUUGAGUAUGUGGAGAAGAACAUGCUGGAGUUACUGGAAGAGCUGCCUAAUGGAGUGCCGCUAGACAAAGUGAGAAACUACAUCUACCAGCUGAUCAAAGCCAUCCACUGGUGCCAUAAGAACGACAUAGUGCACAGGGACAUUAAGCCAGAAAACCUCCUAAUCAGCUCAGAUGACGUGCUCAAGCUGUGUGAUUUUGGUUUUGCACGUGACCUCUCCGAAGGAACGGAUGCCAAUUACACCGAGUAUGUGGCCACCAGGUGGUACCGCUCACCUGAACUACUGCUGGGAGCUCCGUAUGGGAAGGCGGUGGAUAUGUGGUCAGUGGGGUGCAUUCUGGGCGAGCUGAGUGACGGACAGCCCUUAUUUCCAGGCGAGAGUGAGAUAGAUCAACUCUUCACCAUACAGAAGGUUCUGGGACCCCUGCCUCCAGAGCAGAUGAAGCUUUUCUACAACAACCCCCGCUUCCACGGCCUACGGUUUCCUACAGUGAGCCACCCGCAGACUCUGGAGAGAAGAUACCUUGGCAUCAUCAACGGCCCCAUGCUGGACCUAAUGAAGAAUCUGCUGCUUUUAAACCCGAAUGAGCGUUUCCUGACGGAGCAGUCUCUAAACCACCACGUAUUCCAGAGCCAGCGGCAGACUGAGCGACCCGGCCCCCCGACACCUACACCCAUCCGCUCAUCCAAGAGAAAACCCCACCACGACAACACCGCCCUCAGCAGGAGUCAUGGUAGUAAGAGCUCAGGACACCAUCGUUCCAACAGCCGGGACUGUUCUAGCCUACCACGUCAUAAUCAAGCCGAGCUGCACCCACAGAGCGCUGAAGCGUUCCUGAAUGGUGCCGUUCCUGCAUCCAGCAGCCUGAGUCCCACACUGCAUGCCAAAUCUUUCCAUUCCCCCCAACCCCUUAACCGCUCAGCAUCCUGCGGCAAAGACCUUGCCUCGCUCAGCCCCAAGAAGGCGCGAGCCAAAGCCUCCGAUCUGGACUUCGAUUUGCCCAAGGUGUCAGAUGGCCCUGGUGCCAAAUACCUCAAAUCCAAUGCCUCGCGCUCCCACAACCGCCACUCGUUUGUGGAGGGUAAGAAUAAUACACUGCAGGGAGAGCGGGAGAAGCAUGUACGCCACGGCGAGCCAAUGCCACUGAAUUCAAGCACCAAAAGCUCUUCCUCUUUUAUGAGUCUGUCCAAGAGCCAUGGAGCAUUGACUGAUGCCAAGUCCAUCAGUAACUUGAGCGAUCCACGCCUUCUCCAAGACGAUGCACCGCUGCCCUCGCGAUACUUCCCUUCCAGCUGCCUGGACCUGAAUGCCAAUCUGAACCUGGGGGCACCCGGCAGCCCCGCCUUGCGUCACAGCCCCGGAGGGCGUGCCAAGUCUGAGCGUCAGGUGGACUCGUCACUCCGCCGCUCAUCAACACGCCACAAGGGCCAGCAAGAGGAGGCCAAAGCCACAGAAACCCUGGAUCCUGGAGGAGGAGCUCGUGACUUCCCCUACGGCCUCGGGUACACCAGCCCUUUCUCAUCACAACAACGCCCCCACAGGCACUCCAUGUAUGUGCGACGGGAGCGCAGUCGACCGCACGGAGCCGAUAUAGGCCUGGUACUGGGGCAGAGUGCUCCUGCUCGUGCCAGCAGCCUCCAGAUGCUCUCGCCGCAGCUGCAGCACCGCACACUCCCUAGGCACGUGGGCAGCUCCAGCAGCCGUGAUGAGCCCCCUGAUGACCUCAGGGCAGCCAUGUAUCACGAGCAACAUCCAGAGGACGGAGGAUCGUCCAAGGAGAACCGCAUGGUCUACAGUGACUCAAUGCCACGUCGAGUUGGCAGCUUCUACAGAGUGCCAUCUCCUAGACCGGACAACACUUUCCAUGAGGGAAGCGGGCAAAAUAUGAGCUCAGGGGUGAACAUGGAGAGCAGCAGCCACACCAAACGCCAGCCCACUUACGACCCCUGGACAGGGCCCGAGGCACUGGAUUUGGGUCCUCCAGAGCCAGCCAAAGAGAAGGAGAAGCAAGGCUUUUUCCGAGCAAUAAAGAAGAAGAAGAAGAAAUCUCAAGCGGUGGAUGCUGGAGAAGCCAGAGGUCCUGUGAUGAAGAAAUCUCUUUUUCCUCUGUCUAACUCAAAGCCUAGCUUUAAACAUAACUCCUCAGUGAGAGUACUCCCUCUAGUGGCCACGCCCAUGGUCCUGAAUGAGGGACCAGAUCAGGUGGUGGUACAGAAGUCGUCCCGGGGCUUCGGGCAACAGAGCAGCAGCAGACACCGGACACGCAGUCGAGACCGGGAGAGGAGUCGAGAGCGGGAACAGGAGCAGGAGAGAGACAGAGACGAGUGGCCAGCCGAGAGGCUCGCCGAACCCCACUCUCAGAACCAGCCUCUCAGGUCUCUUCGCAAGCUUCUUCAUCUCCCUGCUUCAUCCUCCUCCAGCAAACCCACUACACCAGACCUGCGUUUCCCCCACGGCAACCCCGCCUCCAAAGGAGGAAGCUUUGUGGAGUCACGGGGCCACGUUGGAGGAGGAGGAGCUGGAGGACCGACUCAGCCCAUGUCCCGCCAGGCCACGUAUCCUCAUGCCAGUCAGCUGGAAUCCACGUGGCAUUCGGCGGCUCUGGGACGAGCUGAGGGAAACCCAUACCCAGAGCAGCUGUCAUCCAAAGCAGGCCAGAACGGGCACGGCUUCGUCCGCUCAUCACGCUCACGCUUGCCAAACCUCAAUGACCUGAAAGAGACUGCACUUUAAACUAAGCCUGUUUCUCAAAUACGGCGCCAUCUUGAGGGCUGGAGGGCUAGACAGAGCAAACACUGAAGGACACUGCUCUUUUCAUGAACAAUAAGGGUAGGCCUAGACAUGUCUUAAUCUUUUUUUUUAAUCUUCCAUAUUUAAUAGAAUUUGUACUAUUAUUUAUGUACUUAUUGUAUUUUUUGUUAUUGGAGAAAUAUGAUUGAAAUGAACAUAUAUAAAUAUAUAUCUUGUUAAGUAUAA